CAAAAACUUUUUUUUUAAUUGCACGUUGGUAGACAUUGAGUGUUUUCGAGUAACAUCUUGCAGUAUGUAUAUAAUGUCCUCAUUGCGGAAAUUUCUUAAAUGUUCUUCAGAAGAUGAUGAGGUCAUUCAACCAGGUUUCAUCAGCCCCAGGCGGGGCAAGCAAAGGUGGUGGAGAAGAGCCCGGGAAGCUGCCGGAGCAGGCAGAGGAGGAAUCCCAGGUUUUGCAUGGAACUGGCCACUGUAAGUGGUUCAAUGUGCGAAUGGGAUUUGGAUUCAUCUCCAUGAUAAACCGAGAGGGAAGUCCCUUGGAUAUUCCAGUCGAUGUAUUCGUACACCAAAGCAAAUUAUUCAUGGAAGGAUUUAGAAGCCUAAAAGAAGGAGAACCAGUGGAAUUCACAUUUAAAAAAUCUUCCAAAGGCCUUGAAUCAAUACGGGUAACAGGACCUGGUGGGACCCCCUGUUUAGGAAGUGAAAGAAGACCCAAAGGGAAGACACUACAAAAAAGAAAACCAAAGGGAGAUAGAUGCUACAACUGUGGUGGCCUUGAUCAUCAUGCUAAGGAAUGUAGUCUACCUCCUCAGCCAAAGAAGUGCCAUUACUGUCAGAGCAUCACGCACAUGGUGGCAAACUGCCCGCAUAAAACUGUUGUGCAGCCGCCCGUCAGUUCUCAGGGAAGACAGGAAGCGGAUUCGCAGCCAUGCACGUCGGCUCUCCCACGGGAGGUGGUGGGAGGGCACAGCUGUGCAUCACCCCCAUUUCCUCAGGAGGCUAGGUCCGAGGUCUCAGAACGGCCCGGCAGGUCACCUCAAGAAGCUUCCUCCAUGAAGUUGUCUGCAGCACCCGAAGAACAAAGCAAAAAGGGGCCUUCUGUUCAAAAAAGGAAAAAAACAUAA